GAGAUGGAGUCAUUGCUGAGGAGAUGCCGCAUCAGGAGCAGUUUGGUGAGAGAGUGUUUAGCUGAGUGCCUGGGUGUCUAUGUCCUGAUUCUGUUUGGCUGUGGGGCCGUUGCCCAGGUGACAACGUCUGAGAACAGCAAGGGACACUACAUAUCCAUCAACCUGGGCUUUGCGUUGGGCACUACCUUUGGUAUCUAUGUCUCCAGAGGCGUGUCAGGGGCCCAUCUGAACCCGGCAGUGACCCUCAGCCUUUGUGUCCUCGGCAGACACCCCUGGAGAAACCUGCCCUUCUACGUCUUCUUCCAGGUGCUGGGGGCCUUCCUCGCUGCGGCAACCAUUGCCCUGCAGUACUACGACGCCAUAAUGCACUAUAGCAACGGGCAGUUGACCGUGACUGGACUGACCGCCACCGCUGGGAUCUUUGCUACUUACCCUGCAGAUUACCUGAGCCUGUGGAGUGGCUUUGUGGACCAGGUGAUUGGCACAGGAGCAUUGCUGGUGUGUAUCUUGGCCCUGGGUGACCACAGAAACACCCCUGUCCCACCUGGAUUGGCACCGGUUCUAGUAGGCUUGGUGGUCUUGGUGAUCGGGAUCUCCAUGGGCUCCAACUGUGGAUACGCCCUGAACCCAGCCCGAGACCUGGGACCACGGAUCUACACCUACAUCUCAGGCUGGGGUGACGAGGUCUUCAGGUGGGCUGGGGGAGGUUGGUGGUGGGUGCCGCUGGUUGCUCCCUGUGUGGGGGCCCUUGUAGGGACGAUGGUCUAUGAGCUUCUCAUUGAGGUACACCACCCAGAGACAGAGCUUCACCCGGAAGAUGACCCUGAGCGUCAAACCAUCGACAACAAGCAGGCCCUGGAGCUGGAGGGGGUGGAACUGGACCUGAAUGGCCUCAAGAGCUGCCCCAAAGAGGGGCAAGAAGACAGGAAGAAUGUGAGGGGGACUAUGGAGGAGGAGGGCUGUCCAGACAAGUUUUGA